UGAAUUUAAACGAGUUUAGAAUUAAAACGUGAACAAAAAAAAGUUACUUUCGGUUCAGUUGGGUACCAACUAAGGAAAAACGAUUGUAACAACUAAUCAUGGAUGGUUUAACGUUGAUAUCCGAGUAUUCAUUCUAUAUUGGUCUCAUUAUAUUCGCCUUAUUGUUUUUCCUUAAUAAAAAAUGUGGGUUUGAAGUCAUGACAGUUCCCACAAGAGCUCUCUCACAAUCGAAACGUGAUGACGAUGAUUUAAACUUCUGCAGUGAUCCGAACUGUGUAAGAUGCAAUAAAUACUCAGAAGUUUUAUGCAAAGCCCAGCAUUGUCUUAAAGAUGUAUCUGAAAAACAAAUAGCUUCUGAUAUCAAAAACGGAAUCAGUCGCGGUAAAUAUGACAAUGAAGCGCAGCAGCCGUCAACGUUUCAUUACAAAUGCCAGGAAUUGAUUUCAACGCCAAUUUGGGAAAAUUUUCAUGGAGCGGACACAGAAUUGCUAGAGAGUGCUUUAGAUGAUAUUAAAACUGAGUGUGAAAGAGUGAUUGCAAGUGGAGACGGACACUGGAAACGAAAUUCCACUUCAAGUGGCGAAUGGGACACUUUUCAUUUGAUUAACCAGGGCACAGUUAUCAUGGAAAAUGCCACACUCUGUCCAAACACUUUGAAAGUUGUUCAAAAUUUGCCUUCAGUAAUGGAUAGAAAUGUUUUUGGAAACGUUUUUUUUUCGAUGAUUAAACCUGGUACCGUCAUAGCUGAACAUUUUGGACCAACCAACAUAAGGCUCCGGUGCCAUUUAGGAUUGUCCGUUAACAAGGAGUGUCUUCUCACUGUGGAUGACCAGACUACAAGCUGGUCAGAGGGCAGGUGUCUGGUCUUUGAUGACUCGUUCCUUCAUUCAGUGGCUCACUUUGGAAUUCCUGAUAGGCCUGCACCAGAACUAUGUAGCAGUUUACUGGAGAACAGACAUUCAGUGUCUAGGACAGAGAAGAGUUCCGAUAGAGUGGUGCUUAUAGUUGACCUCUGGCAUCCAGACAUAACACCCAAAGAAAGAUCUGUAAUUGACUUUGUUUUCAAGCCUUAAAACAAAGAGUGUGACAUAUUUUAUUGAAACUUAUCAUGUAGCCUUUUGUGCAAACAUUCCCCUUCAACUUGAAUAGAUUGAAUCUACUAUCCAAAUCAAA